AUGAGUGGCCCGUACAGCUCCGUUAGACUGACGGCUCUCAUGUUUCUAUGGAGGUGGUUUUCACUAAGCCUGCUCUGGAGCUGGGUGUCGCUGGGGUCCGGGGCCGGGGCUCAGGACCACCACCACGGGACCCCCCCCGGGUUCAGUGGCUCCGCCGGGCCCCUCGGGUGGCUCCUGUCGGACAAGGGCCCUUUCCAGCGCUCGCAGGAGUAUGUUGAUUUCACAGAACGCUACCAGCAAGGAUUCACCACCAAGUACAAGAUAUACAGGGAGUUCGGCCGCUGGAAGGUGAACAGCUUGGCCCUGGAGAGGCAGGAGAACAAUGGCUUUUCCUUACCGCUGGACCCCGAGUUCCUCCAGACCAUUAGGCAGCUGGGCAGGAGGCCCAGUCUCAGGGCCAUCACCGACAACAUUAUCAGGAAAUACGGGACCCACUUCCUGCUCUCCGCUACGCUGGGAGGGGAAGAGUCUUUAAUGAUCUUUGUGGACAAGCGGAAGUUGAGUCGGACGAGCGAAGUGAGCGAGUCCAACGGCACGGCGGUGACCCUGGAGGCGCUGCACCAGCUGGCCGCCUCCUACUUCAUCGACCGGGAGAGCACGCUUCACAAGCUGCACCACAUCCAGAUCGCCUCCACCGCCAUCAAGGUGACCGAAACAAGGACGGGCCCGCUCGGAUGCAGUAACUAUGACAACCUCGACUCUGUCAGCUCCGUUUUGGUUCAGAGUCCCGAAAACAAGAUUCAUUUGCAAGGCCUGCAGGCCGUGCUGCCACAGUACCUGAGGUCCCGGUUCGUGCAGGCGGCCCUCAGCUACAUCGGCUGUAAUGAGGAGGGCCAGUUCGUGUGCCGGGACAACGACUGCUGGUGCCAUUGCGCCGCGGACUACCCACAAUGCAACUGCCCCGAGGGGGACCUGAGGGCCAUGGAAGCCAGUUUACUGCAAAUCCGAGACUCGUGGAACGUGGCCAACCAGGACUUUGAGGAGUCAGAGGAGUUCCAGACCUUCGUUCGGAAGCUCCCCACGUUCUACGCCCUGAACACGUCGGCGAUCCACUACUUCUGGACGUCGGAGCCCGGCGUUCACCAGCGCUACAAACAGCUGGAGCUCAACGGCCAGCAGCUGCUGAGCAAAGCGCGGCGCAUCGUCAACAAGCUCUUCAGCCUGAGCAAGAGGUGCCGGACGCAGCCCAGGAUCACCAUGCUGAGGGAGAGGCCCUUCAGCUACUGGCUGCACUACAUCCUGUCCAUCAUGUACUGCAGCGAGAACAACCACAUCGGCUCGUACCUGGAGGAGACGCGCAGCUGCUCCUGUCCCUACGAGCACCCCCCCUGCCAGGGCCUCAUCCCCUGCACGGUGGGCGAGGGCACCUCCUGCGCCUCCUGCUCCUACGAGAACCGCUCGCGCUGCGCCACCUGCAACCAGGGCUACAUGCUGAGUCAGGGCGCGUGCCGCAACGAGGUGCCCGACUCCACCGACCACUACAUCGGCUUCGAGACCGACCUGCAGGACCUGGAGCUGCGCUACCUGCUGCAGAAACGCGACAACCGCAUCGGAAUCCACGGGAUCUUCGUCAGCAACGACGUGCGGCUGAACAACUGGUUCGACCCGUCGUGGAGGAAGAGGAUGCUGCUGACGCUGAAGAGCAACAAGUACAAGUCCAACCACGUCCACAUGCUCCUGGGGAUGUCUCUACAGAUCUGCCUUACCAAGAACAGCACCCUGGACCCGCUGCUGUCGGUCUACAUCAACCCGUUUGGGGGGAGCCACUCGGAGAGCUGGAUCAUGCCCAUUGACCAGAACAACUACCCUGACUGGGAGAGGACUAAACUAGACUUUCCCUACGACUGUUACAAUUGGACUUUGACUUUGGGCAACAAGUGGAAAACGUUUUUUGAGACUGUCCACUUUUACCUACGGAGCCGGAUCAUGGGCCCGUCGCCGAGCGGGAACGGGACGGUGUACUACGAACCCUUGGAGUCCCUGGAGCCGCUGAGGAACCGGGGCUACAUGAAGAUCAACAGCAUCCAGGUGUACGGCUACAGCAUGCACUUUGACCCGGAGGCCAUCCAGGACCUGAUCCUGCAGCUGGACUACCCGUACACUCAGGGAUCGCAGGACUCGGCCCUGCUGCAGCUGCUGGAGAUCCGGGACCGGGUCAACCGGCUCUCCCCUCCCGGAGCUCAGCCUCUGGACCUGUUCUCCUGUCUGCUCCGGCACCGGCUCAAACUGUCCACCACGGACGUCGCCAGGAUCCAGGCGGCGCUGCAGACGUUCGCUGCCAAGCAGCCCAACACCAUGGAAUACGAAACAACCAAAUUAUGUAGCUAA